UGUCUCGCUGCCCCUGCCGAGUCCGACUUCCGGUGUGUGAGUUGCUGCUGUCUAGUGUAAAGAUGCCGUAUGCCAAUCAGCCCACCGUGAGGAUUACCGAGCUGACCGACGAGAACGUGAAGUUUAUCGUGGAGAACACGGAUUUAGCGAUUGCAAAUUCUAUCCGCAGAGUGUUUAUAGCAGAAGUCCCCACCAUAGCUAUUGACUGGGUGCAGAUAGAUGCCAACUCAUCAGUGCUCCAUGAUGAAUUCAUAGCCCAUCGAGUAGGACUCAUCCCUCUAACCAGUGAUGAUAUUGUGGAUAAGCUGCAAUACUCCAGGGACUGCACCUGUGAUGAGUUUUGCCCAGAAUGCUCAGUAGAGUUUACACUGGAUGUCCGGUGCAAUGAGGAUCAAACACGUCAUGUGACCUCCCGUGAUCUCAUCUCAACCAACCUCCGGGUCAUUCCGGUCACAUCACGGAGUAGAGACAAUGACCCAAAUGACUAUGUGGAACAAGAUGACAUUCUGCUUGUGAAACUCAGGAAAGGGCAGGAGUUGCGGCUUAGAGCUUAUGCCAAGAAGGGUUUUGGGAAAGAGCAUGCAAAAUGGAACCCAACAGCAGGAGUGUCAUUCGAGUAUGAUCCAGAUAAUGCACUGAGACACACGGUGUACCCCAAACCUGAGGAAUGGCCAAAGAGUGAAUACUCAGAAAUAGAUGAAGAAGAAGCCGAAGCUCCAUAUGAACCCAAUGGGAAACCUGAAAGGUUUUAUUACAAUGUUGAAUCAUGUGGAUCUCUACGACCAGAAACAAUUGUUUUGUCUGCACUUUCUGGCUUAAAGAAGAAGCUCAGUGAUCUUCAGACACAGCUCAGUCAUGAAAUACAAAGUGAUGUUCUCACCAUUAACUGACCACUCAUCCUUUAUCUUUGUGUAGUGUAUAUUUUUAAAUAAAGUUUUUUUCACCUGUC